AUGGCGCCCUCGAACAAGAAAGGCAAAGGAAAGGCGAGCUCGGCAGACUCCAAAACACCUACAGCAUCUAAACCUUCCACCGCCAGCGAUUUCCCUCCGUCCCUUCGGUCGGUGCCUCCGUCGUCGGUAGCCAUCACCAUCCACGCCAAGCCCGGCGCCAAAUCCGCCUCCAUCACAGACAUCAGUGACGAGGCAGUAGGAGUUCAGAUCGAUGCCCCUGCCAAGGACGGGGAAGCUAAUGCAGCUCUACUCGAUUACAUCAGCUCUGUAUUAGGCUUGAAGAGAAGGCAGGUGUCCAUCGGCGCUGGCUCGAAAUCGAGAGACAAGGUUGUGAUAGUGGAGGAGUUAACCAUACAAGAUGUCUUCAGUGCUUUAAAGAAGAGCCAAGAUGCGAAAUGA